UUCUGUGGAGAUACCACUAAAGUCAAUUCUUCACACUAUGAAAUCUGGGAACCUAAUGCCACAGACAAUUGAUCCAGUCACAAAAUCGACUAAAACCGCAUAUAAACCAGAGCCACAGGUGGUGGACUUUGCAGAGAGGAUCAUGAAGCCUAGGUGUCCAGUCCCUGAGUCGGUGAACUUUACUUCACCACCAAUUUUUCAAGCUGUGGAAUCUUUAGAAACGACAAAAAGAUUGGGACAUAAAAGCACAGAAAUGAUGGAGAAAUCUAUGAAGUUGAGCUUCAAACCAACAGAUAAAGUCAUAGAAUCAUUAGAUAAAGUCUCAGAAUCAUUACAGAUGCCCCUGAAGCUAGAUCUUCAAGUACCAGAAUUUGUUGAUCUGACUCCAACACUAAGUGAUCAAGAUUCAAAAUCCUCGGAGCCAAACCUACAGAAAAGCUACCAGAUCCCAGAAACUCCUGAGUUACAUUCUUGGUCAUGGCCUCAAGGUCAAGAUUUCAAGAAGUUACAGACAAAGGAAGUUACAGAAGCUGACAGAAUUACCCUCAACUUCAAGAAUCAUGGUGUAGACAAGAUAGAGCUGACUUGUGAAGCAAGACAGCAAGGGAAAGAAUUUCUUAGAAUGACUCCGCGGCCAGUAAAUAGAGAGACUGGAUUUGUAGAAAAAUCUCCAAGGUCAUGUCCUCAAGACUCAGGACCUCUGGAGGUGGGCUCUAAGAAAAAAUCUCAAAGGGAACAAUCUGUAGUAUCAACACCAAGGCCAUUCUCUCAGGUCCCAGAUUCUGCUUCGGGAAUAACACCAGGGCCAGGACCUCAGAUUCCCAAGUCUAAAAAUUUGGCCUCUAUGCUGUGGCUGCAAAAAGAAUCCUCUGAGUUAUCAUGCAAAGAAACCAGUCAAGUUGUGGGAAAUACUGACUCUGUAGAGCUCACCUUUGGUACACGGCAGCCAGGAGGGGUAGCAGCUAAGCUAACAAAACCUCAGAAUCUGAGCCUAGAAAAUGCAAGCAUCACUCCAAAAGAACCACUGGAUCAAAUGAUAAAUUUUAUAGGGGUUAGUCCAAAGCCACGAGUUCAUGUGACAGAAUCUGCAAAGACACAGCUUCCAGUUCCUCAAUCAGUUGUCAUCCAAAAAGUCUCUGAAACUAUAGAAGUGAUCCCCGGACCACCACUUCAAGUUAUAAAGUCUGUGAUGAUUCCAGAGAGUAUCCCUCAAGAGUCAAAAUACAAUGAUUUGACUCCCAAAAUGCGUGAUGGGAUAAGGUCAGAAUUUGCUCCAAGCCUUUGGCUACAAAAUGUGCAACCCAAGAAAUUAAUCAUAGAUCCAACACAUCAGGUUUUAGAGACAAAACGAUGGCCAGGCUUUUUGAUUAUAAAGACUGCAUUAACUCCCAAACCACUGCUUCUGAUGCUAAAAUCUGAAGAAGUGGCACCUGGACCAUAUCCUCAGUCUGUAGAACUAAUAGGACUCACCACGAGAUCUAGCAUUAAAGGAAGAGAGGGUUUGAAUUUACACCCAAGACCACAUCGUCAAGACCUGGUAAUACCUAUGGAGUUAACUCCAAGGGCAGAUAUUCAAGUGACUUCUGCAGAAUUAGUAUUGGAGCAGACAUCUCCCCUUAAGGAACCUACAGUGUUAACUCCUGAGCAAAGGCUUCAGGCUGGAAAAUCUCUAAGCCUCAAAACCGAAUCUCCCAAAGUAAUGAAAAUUGAGGAUUCCAAUCAAGGAUCGGUGUGUCAGAAUAAAGACUCAGAGAUGAUCACAUCAGCAAAGUUACAGGCAGAGGACUACUUAUCUAGGUUAAUACACAGCCCUUCAAUCCCAUUUCUCUCAAGCGUUGACAAAACAACUGAAUUAGAGCCCCUUCAGGGUUCUGGGGUGCCACAGGUUUCAAGAGCUUUUGGUAUGAAAAACCUUGGUGUUGGUAUUUUGCAGUCUUCAAAGUCCUAUACAGACACUAUUAUGAUAAAAUCUUCAUUUCUUCCGUUGGUCCUUGAAAAUCGACCCUCUGAUAAGACAGGGGACACCAAGGGAACCCCAUAUCCUGAGAUCUGGAGCAUGAAUAUCUUAUCUAAGGAAGAAAGUGGAAAGGAGAAAAUGGAGGAAUUCCAGAGGUAUUCUUCAUAUUCAUUCAGAUUACUAUCAGAAGAGUUUCAGGCAGGGUUAGGGGCUCGAAGAAGCUCUAUCCGUUCUUUCCUGGGCAUACAACAGAAUGUCUAGGAAAGUCAAGUCUGCAGGCAGCGACUACCUAGGAAAUACCUCUCCAAUAUGCUAAUGCUGGGGAACGUCCUGGGAACCACUAUGGAAAGGAAUGAUUGUUCUCAAUCAUUUUUAACAGAAGGAUCCACUAUGGACAUCUGUCAACCUAUUUGAAUCCCAUUUGCAUCUGUAAGACCACUUGUGGGAUGGGUGGGACACUGAUUCACAAGGUGCCCUUAAAUCUUCAGACCCCACCCAUUUGUAUGCAGCUUCCCCCUUCCCCCACCCAGGGCUCCUGGAGUAUCCACCCUGCCUCCAAGAUGCUUUAACCAUAUCUGUGACUCUCCAGAGCCUUCAUCAUCUAAUAUCUGAAAAUGGUGCCAUCUUCGUGAACCGAGAGUAUCUCUUUCCCAGAGCAGCUGAAGAGCAAAUGAAUUUGAGAGUGACAAGUGGGGUGGCACACGCCUGAAAUCCCAGCACCCAGGAGCCGGAGGCAAGAGGAUCACAUGGAUAAGGUCAUCCUCAGUUACACAGCAAGCUUGAAGUCAGCUUGGGCUAUAGGAGACCCUGUCUUUAAAAAAAAAAAAAUUCAAAGGAGAAAAUAAGUGACUACCACUCAGUGACGCCAUUCUUCCUGUUUGUCCCUCACUGUGCCAGCUGUGGUCCCUUCAGGCUCUGCCACUAAAGGUUUCUGUUCUUGUAAGAAAACUUAGCUCCUUUUCCACAUGUCUGAUUAGCCACUUGGACUUAACACACUUCUACUUACCAAACCUAACCCAAUAUCUCCAAAGCCUGAAGGGAAAAGGAUCAUCGCACCCAAUCCCCAAACCAGAGCCAGAAAACAGCCACUCCAUCACCAUAGCCA